CCCACUUUACUUUGUUUAUGAAUCAGGUUCAGCCAGACCUAUGGUGCCAAUCUCUGUAGCUUUUUUCUUCAACAGAUUUUCUGUCAAAUUGGUUGAUAGAAUGUAGUCGAGUUUCUUUCAGCUUGUUUUUGAGAACUCUCUUCAAAUUGGACCCACCAUCUCAUUUCCUCCUCUUCUUUGUUAGGAAUUUCACUGCAUUAUUUGCUUAGCUAAUCUGAAAGAUGGAGCGGUCUAGACUUAAUAUGAGGGGUCGUUGUUCUGGUUCAACACCAUCAGAGGAAUCUGCUUUGGAUUUUGAAAGAAACUGCUGCUGUCAUCCUCAUCUUCCUUCAUUUAGUCCACCAACGCUUCAGCCUUUUGCUUCAGCUGGACAGCACAGUGAGAGUAAUGCUCCUUACUUUUCAUGGCCGACCUCCAGCAGAUUAAAUGAUGCUGCUGAAGAGAGGGCAAACUAUUUCGCUAAUCUACAGAAAGGAGUGCUGCCUGAAACUCUUGGUCGGUUGCCAAAAGGGCAACAAGCAACAACAUUACUUGAGCUAAUGACCAUAAGAGCAUUUCAUAGCAAGAUUUUGAGAUGCUACAGUCUUGGGACAGCAAUUGGGUUUCGUAUUAAACGGGGUUUGCUGACUGACAUACCAGCUAUCCUUGUUUUUGUCUCCAGGAAAGUUGACAAGCAAUGGCUCAGCCCCAUCCAGUGUCUACCUACUGCCCUAGAGGGACCAGGAGGUGUAUGGUGUGAUGUGGAUGUAGUGGAGUUCUCAUAUUUCGGUGCACCUGAGCCAGCACCCAAGGAGCAGCUGUACACAGAGAUUGUGGAUGAUUUGCGUGGGGGUGAUCCACAUAUUGGUUCAGGUUCUCAGGUAGCAAACCAGGAAACUUAUGGAACUCUAGGUGCUAUUGUGAAAAGUCAAACUGGCAGCCGACAGGUUGGGUUUCUCACAAAUCGUCAUGUUGCAGUUGACUUAGAUUACCCAAAUCAAAAAAUGUUUCAUCCUUUGCCUCCAACACUUGGUCCUGGUGUAUAUCUUGGUGCAGUGGAGAGAGCUACUUCCUUCAUCACAGAUGAUCUUUGGUAUGGCAUUUUUGCUGGAACAAACCCAGAAACAUUUGUCAGAGCAGAUGGCGCAUUUAUCCCUUUUGCUGAUGAUUUUGAUAUGUCUACUGUUACUACAUCUGUUAAAGGUGUUGGAGAGAUUGGUGAUGUCAAGGUUAUUGAUUUGCAGUGUUCAAUUGGUAGCCUUAUCGGUAAGCAAGUUAUGAAGGUUGGAAGGAGUUCUGGCUUAACCUCAGGAACUGUAUUGGCCUAUGGCCUUGAAUACAAUGAUGAGAAAGGAAUAUGCUUCUUAACUGAUUUUCUUGUUGUGGGUGAGAAUCAGCAGAGUUUUGAUCUUGAGGGGGAUAGUGGAAGCCUCAUAAUAAUGAAGGGUGAAAAUGGGGACAAGUCAAGGCCAAUAGGAAUCAUAUGGGGUGGAACUGCUAACCGGGGCCGACUUAAGCUAAAAGUUGGACAGCCACCUGAAAAUUGGACCAGUGGGGUUGAUCUUGGUCGCCUGCUCAACCUCCUUGAGCUUGAUAUCAUCAUAACAGAGGAAGGGCUUAAAGUGGCAGUGCAAGAACAAAGAGCUGCCUCAGCAGCAGCUAUUGCCUCCACAGUUGGGGACUCUUCACCUCCGGAUGGAGUUCUUCUAAAGGACAAAAGUGAAAACAAAUUUGAGUCAUUGGGUUUUCAGAUUCAGCAUAUCCCUUUAGAAGUAGACUGCAACAGCUCAGAAACGAAUCCAUCAACAAUAAAAACCGAGUUUCAUUUGGAAGAUGGUAUCAAUACCGGUCCAAGUGUAGAGCAUCAGUUUAUUCCAAGCUUCAUUGGACGAUCGCCCUUGCAUAAGAACUUCUCAGACAAGGUUGUUUCUGAAAAUCUUGCUUCUUUGAGGAGUGGCUGCGAUGAAGAUCUUUGUGUUUCAUUGCAUUUGGGUGACAAUGAAGCAAAGCGGAGGCGUUCCGAAGCUUCUACCAGCACUGAAGAAACAAAGUGAAAACCAUUUUGGGGCUUGAGCUGGAGAAACUGACCCAUCGUUGUAGUUGGAUGGUGCUAGAUUUAAGAAUUGUGACCCAUGAUUGCUAUCAUUGUUGUACCUGCUAUUGCAGCUUUAAUCAAGUGAGCAAAGCCUGCAAAUUGUACUAAAUCUAGUUAAUCUCAGUAAAUUAUAGGUUAAAAGAUAAAAAAAACUUUUCAA